AACAAAGACGGUGAAGCGGAACUACAGCACAUUAUAUAUGUUUUCUUUGUACAAAAGGGUUUUCUAUUCAAUAGGAGAGAAAUGAAGAUGAGGUCUUCAGGUGGAAAAGUUCAGGAGAGUUCCUUCUGUGAUAUACUUCACAAUGCUGUUCUGCAGGUAUGCAGGGAGAAAUACUGGGCAGAUUCACCUGACUGGGAGGUUGAUGGAGUCAUUUGUGUCUCUGUACCUCACUCACAGGAACAACAUGUAGUUAAAAUCCAUCAAAAAUUUCCUUCAAACUCUAGCAAACACUUUGACAAUAGAUGUUAUGAAUGUGAAAGAAAACCAAAAGAUGCAUUAUCUACAAACGAAACUUCAGACAGACACUUCAGUGAGAGUGUAGAGGAAGAUGAUUCUAGUUAUCGCAAUGUGUCUGUUAUUGACUUGGAACAUGCUAGUACGCAGCCUAACCCAGCACAGACAUGUGGUCAGGGAACAAUUCCUCCAAGUAUGCCUAGCCCGGUCAGGGACCAUGACCAGAACUCGCACAACUUCUAUGCUAGUCCUGAUCUUAGUGGUUUUGGGCCCAAUGUGCACAGACAGAAAAAUGAACAGUUGAAAAAUUCUAGUGGUCAGUCGCAUUCUAAAUCAAACAGUCGUACCAAAGAUCAAGAACAUUCCUCAUCCAUAACCACAAGUCAUCCAAGAGAAACAACUCCACCAAGGAAAAAAUCGAAAACUGAUCAAGAAGAAUAUGUUGUUGUGAAGGCCGAGCCUGAUGAUGAUGAGGAUUUUGCUCUUCAUAUGGAGUGCAUUGACGAGAAAGAAAGUGACAAUAUAGUAGAAAUCAAAGAUGAGAAUACACAUCGUGAUUUGGCAGCAGAGACACAGGAAGACAUAAACUUUUUGUUGAAUGUGGAAGGUCCAGGUGCUUCUCAUCAAUAUAAUUCAGGAGAUAGGUCUUGGCCUCCACGCCUCCCAACUAACACCGUUACAAGUCAAAUGGACACAAAUUUAUCUUCCAUAGCUGGUCAAGGAUCUCAGGGCUUUAGUAACCUGAAUCUCCUUACCCAUGGAGUAGACAUAGAGGAUGGCACAAUGAGGCUGACCACCAGGGUCCAGCAUCCCUCAUUUAUUGCUGGUCAAACUGACUCUAACACACCAGAACAGAGAACUAUUCCAAGGCCAAGUGGGCAGGACUCAGCCGCGGCUUCCAAUACAAUAGGUAAGAUCAACCAAAGUUUGUCCUUUUUUCAGAAUACUUUCACAGAUACACCUAGGGCUGAAGGAAAUGUUGAGAUGGCAGUUGAGGGGACCACCAGUUCUGGUCCCAUAUUUAACCCUAGGUCUGCUGGAAAUGUUGAGAUGGCAGUCAGGGGAACCACCAGUACUGGUUCUGUUCCAGCCAAGAACGUUCAGGCUAUUGCCAGGAAAAGACUGCAACUCAAUAGGGCCCGAAUAGGUCUUGGAAUUAAAUCAACUGCAGGAUUACUUCUUGACAAAAAAUUCUUCUGCAAAUUUUGUGGCCUUGGUUUUACAAAUUGUGGCAACAAGAAUCGCCAUGAGCGCACCACUUGCGGUGCCACCGUGUACAAAUGUAACAUGUGCUCCUCCGUGUUCAGCCGGACCGAUAGCAGAGCGCGCCACAUGUUAGCCCAUCAUGGUGUGUCCAUCAGGGGAUAACUUGCAGGUAAUUGUCAAAUCCAACAUUACCUUCACUUAGGUAUGUGUACAUACAGGGUUUCAUCAGGUGUCACACUACCGUAUUCUACCUAGUAAUCACA